CAAUCUGCUAUGCAACCCUAUACAGCACACACUUUCUCAAGCAAACCGUGCGUUAGGACAAGACGAAAAAAUAUCAACAUUUUAUACAGUGAUAUAAAGAUUUAAUUAUAAAAUAAUUUAUAACACACCGUAUUUUACAGUGAACUACCAAUAGAUAUGUUCAAUAUACUUUACUUCUUGUGAAUCGUUGAAAGUGAUAUCGUCAGUCAAAGUGCAACGCAACACUUUAUCUUGCUACAAAAAUGAUGGAAUUAAACGCGAACACCUACGAUGUCGAUCUAGAGGAUGGAGAGCUAUCUGCUAGUUCCGAUGACGUUUAUACACCAUUGCAACGCCCAAGUACGCUGUCAAUCAACACGACGGUUGCAGUUGAUGGAGCGACUGCAAAAGCCGAACAAUGUAGUCCAUUGGCCACAUGUCAUGAUAUGCAACGAGCGUUAGAAGAGGAUGACUUAGAGGAUAUACAUGGUAGUAGUGGUGAUUCGUCGUCUAGUGAAUCUUCCGAUGCAUGUCUAAAGAAAUUAUCAACGAAAUCGCCACAUGAAGUAUCAACAGAUGCGCAUGCACAACGUAAGCGUCGAAAACGUGUACGUCGUACAGUUAUGGUACGUGUACCACCAGCUGAUAUGGAGACACAAGAAAAGCGUGCACGAUUCAAAAAGUACAAUAUAUGGACAGCUGCAUUGCAAGAAGAAGCGUUAACUGAAGAAAUGCGUGGCUGUGAAGUUGCACGUUUAGAUGGUGCAAUCAAUGAUCGAAACGUUGAAAAUUAUGACUUUUCCCUCCUUCAACGAUUAAAUGGGGAUAAUUGUCUUAAACGCCGACUCUCCAAUUCAACUGAUGAUUUCUCUGAUAAUGAAUUAAUGCCGGUAGCAAAACGCGGACGCUGUGCAAGUGAAGCAGCUGCACAUCGACGUUCCGUAAAAAGUCGUUUAGGCUAUCGUACAGGUACACUGCGAGGAAGGCGUGGCUCAACACCCACUAGCGACUCGGAUACUUUAUAUGAACCACGAAUUAUACUUGACUUAGAGCCCUUGGAAGGACGUGAUCCAGCCGACGUUGCACGUGAAAUGUCAAACAAGUUACAGGAAGAGAAAGAUGAAUUAUUGGUACGCAUAGUCGAUGUGUUGGGCACGAAGUUGCCAGUAGAAAUUUAUAAGGAAACACAACUUAUUGAAUUCAAUGGCGGCAUGAUGAUAAUGAAUGGCAAACGUCGUCGUACACCAGGCGGUGUAUUCCUAUAUCUACUAAAAAAUCAUAAAAGUCUUACAUUAGAAGAACAUAAGUCUAUUUUUUCUGAAGAUCGACAGCGUACUAAUAAAUGGCGUAAAGAGAUGGAAUCCUUAUCUCGUGAUCGCAAGGUCGAAGAGUUGAAAAAACGUUUAAGCGAACAAGAGAAAGACUUGCCGGCACUUAGCACCCGAAAAGAACACUUUUUGCUUGGCUCAGAUUUAGAAACCCAACCUGGAAAUAUUUCGAAUCCACCCCCUUCACCAGUGGGCAAUGAACAAAGUCCAGACUACAAAGCGCAUUCCAUCAAUCAUGUCCCAUCGGAUGCUGAUAAUGAUGCCUCACAGGAUAAGCCAUCAACUUCAGCAUCGGCAUUAGCGGCCUUAACAUCCCCAUCAAAAGAUUUAGUCAGUUAUGAAGAUGAUUUCCUCGAUGUUAAUUGUGGUGAAAUGGAUUUAUUUUAAACAAAAGAGUGACUUUAACGUAAAGUAUUGCAUAAAGAAAUGUUGAGUAAAGCAUGAAGUUAGAAAAAAAUAACUACAAUAACAAAAGCAACGCAAAUACAUAUAUAUACAUAUAACACUUUUCUACAUACGAACUAAAUAUGCAUAAAGUAUACAUUAAAAUUGAUAUCGAAAAUUGAAGAUUGCUGAAAAACUUUGCAUCAUUUUAUGUUUGUCAAAGAGGAUGUGUAUUUUUUGCAAAUCGGUAGAAUUCGAACUAAAUAUUUAUAAACUAAGAUUCGGGUAAAUAAUUAAUAUACAAACGUACAUACAAAAUUAAAAAUAUAUUCACUUGCGAGUAGCUUCAGUUAUUGAAAAGCAGUUUGUAAAUAAGAAAACUAGUGAAAAAGUGACAAGUAUACAUAUAUGUAAUAUAAUGCUGAUCGUUAAUUUUAUAUAAAUAGGGUUGAAUAUAGAACGAAAAAACAAUUCAAAAAGUAAAUUCAUUUAUACACAAACGAUAUGUAAAGUAUACACAUAUGCGCAUAUAUAAAAUGUGUUUUUUGUGGACAAAUGUAAUCUGCGCAGUCGAAUGUUAAAGAAAAACGUUUCUUGUCGUACAAACGGCAUUCGUAAUUUAUUCACAUUAGACUAAAAUAGAUUUAAGAAUAAAUAUAACGCAUUUCGGUAAAUAAAAGUAAAUAUAUGUAUAUAUAUACAUAGAAAUUCAUUUUUCUGAA